AGCUAUUCGUAUUUUAUACCACUGAACUUGAAGCCACUCAGGACUUAUACUCCCACAAUUCUUCACAAUUCAAUAUCCGUGCAUAUACGACAAAGAAAUACUAUUCUACGUUAGUCGGCUGAUCAUGUCCAUCAGUGCUUUUAUUUGUACCGCGUUUAUCCCCUAAAUGUCACUGUUAGCGAGCUAUUUCCUAAAAUAUACCAGUUGUUUGGAACUCGCCUACCAAAUUAGCUCAGAAAAACUUCAUGCUUCACUACGUUUAAGAAGUGAGACCUAUUUAGAUUAGUUUGCCAUUUCAGCUCUCGUGUUUAGGUUUGUUAUGUGGUCGUGGCGUCUUGAAUCUACUUGAUGUUAACUGCGCUGUAUAGGCCCCUAAAUUAAAAUAUUAAAUAACUAAUUGUUGUUUUAUUUGAUACACACAAAAGAAAAACAUUAAAUGUUUAAGUAGGCCCUACCCUAAAUCUAUCCAAGUUUCUCAUGAGUGGCAUAUUUCAGCAAGUGUUUCAGUUGGGGAUAAAACUUUUUGUAAAAUUAAGAAAGAUAGGUCUAUCGGUCUUCUGUCACUAAAUACUGUAUGCCUGUUGUUUUUUCUUGAAAAAAAAAAGUGCGCGAUGUAAGGCACCAGGUGAAUGCGUUCCUUCUACUCAAAUAAGUUUGAGAAUAGUAAUUACGUAUAUUGCGGGAGGGGGCGAUUUCUUUUCUGAUGCUGUUAGGCAGAUUAUCAUUUUACUCUAAUGUAAGGGCCUACGUGCUUCUGGAGAGAAGAGGACGCCAGUUAUGAGCUCGGUCUUUGGCCUCGCUUCUGACCUGAGCGUCUUGGGUUACUAGUCAUCUGUAACAGGGAUGUAAAAAUGUACAUCUGCUUGAACCUUUCCCAGAUAGAAGUUUGUUUGUUCAAACAGCCAGAUGGGGCCUAUACCUUACUCUAUAAUAUCGGCAUCUCAUUUUUGACUUAUCUAGAAGUGAAAUAGGCCUACUUGGCAAGAUGAUGCGCGGGUUUGAUUCUAUAGAGUCAAUGAAUGGUGACGAACUUUUGGUAAAACGGAAGAAAGGCAGCAAGAAAUUUGUUAUCGGUGCUGCAGUCAUUGGUGUCAUGUUUUUCUUAGUGGGUAUGCUAAUUGGAUUCUUUGGACAUGAGAGUGAGCAUGCGCCUAGUCCAGCAACAACUAAACCUGAAGUGCUAGAUCCAACACAACUUAUCAUUCAAAAUGUAGAUGUCAAUUUUUUACAGACCCUACUUAAAAAUUUUAGUUCAAAAGCAAGAAUGGCAGGAACUGAAUCAGGUUCUGAGCUGGCUAAUAUGAUCAGAGACAUGUGGGCCUCCAGUGGUCUUGAUAAUGUUCAUCUGUCUACUUAUAAAGUGUUACUUUCAUUUCCUAACCAAAGUGAUCCAAAUAAGGUGGAAUUAGUAAACAAAACAACCGGAAAAAUUGUUUUCACAUCAAAUUCAUUUGAGCCAGGAUUAACAACAGAGGAUCAAAACAAAAGCUUCAUAAGUUACAAUGCAUUUUCUCCUGCUGGAACUGUUCUGGGCAGUAUAGUGUAUGUCAACUAUGGAACAGUUGAAGACUUUCAAUAUUUGACACAAAACUUAAGUAUGGAUCUGAGUAAAAAGAUUGUUAUUGCAAGAUAUGGGAUUAUUUCUGCUUCUAAAAAGGUGUAUAAUGCUGAACAGUACAAUGCCAGUGCAAUUGUUCUCUAUUCUGAUCCUGCUGAUGUUAAUAGAGACUCUGAAAGGCAAAGCUCAGAAUCAGCUUAUCCUAACUCUUGGUGGUUACCAAAAGGAGGCAUUCAGAGAGAUACAGUUAAUUAUGACUAUGGUGAUCCUGACACACCUGGCUAUCCUUCAACAAAUUACAACUUACCAAUUGAUCCAUCAAAGAGAGCUUUAACAAAGAUUCCUUGCCAACCUGUUAGUUACAGUGAUGCAUUAAUAUUGUUAAGCAAUUUAAGUGGAAGUGUUUCACCUGAACACUGGCAUGGAGCCCUACCAAUAGAAUACAGAAUUGGUCCAGGUUAUGAAAACAAUUCAGAAAUAGAAGUGAAAGUGACAGUCAAUAACUAUCUAGAUAAACGAGUGAUUAAAAAUGUAAUUGGCAUGAUAAAAGGAAGCGAAGAACCUGAUAGGUAUAUUAUACUAGGAAGUCAUCAUGAUGCUUGGGUUUAUGGUACAGUGGAUCCACAGUCUGGUAAUGCAGCCUUAUCCCAAGCAGUUGAGAUUUUUGGCCAUCUUCUUGCAAAAGGUUUCAGGCCCAGAAGAACAGUUAUGUUUUGCAGCUGGGAUGCUUCUGAAUUUGGUUUCAUAGGAUCCACAGAGUGGGUUGAGGAAAAUUUGCAACUAAUCAGUGAAAGAUCUGUGGCAUACUUAAAUGUGCACUCAUUAGUUGAAGGAAAUUUUUCACUUAAGGCUGUUUCAAGUCCCUUGCUACAGGAUGCCAUGUAUACAGUGGCUCACCAGGUUCCCAGUCCAACUAAAAAUGUCAGCACUCUUUAUGACCUAUGGUUGGCACAGUCUAAAUUGUAUUCAUCUAAUGAAAAAGAACCUAGUGUAAGCUACUCACUAUGGUCUGGAAGUGAUCAUGAAGUAUUUUAUCAACGUGCUGGUGUUUCAUGUGCAGACUUAAGUUUCAACUUUGACUUUAGGAAAUAUCCUAUCACAACUUACCCUUUGCAUCAUUCUGCUUAUGAUAACUACUUUUCCUAUGAGCAUUUUAAUGAUCCAGGAUUGAAGUAUUCAAAAGCAGUGACUCAGUUUUGGGUUCUCUUAGCAAAUUAUUUAGCCAAUGCCCCUCUUUUGCCAUUUAAAGUCACAAGAUUCUCAGCUGCUCUGGAAAAUUUCAUCACAGAUUUGGUUCACAAUUACAAAGAGAUUUGGGGUCAAAAUAAUGUUCAAUAUGAUCAAUUGAUAUCUGCAGCUAAAAAUUUUACUGAGGCAACGAUAUGUUUUGAGAAAACUUUAUUGUCAGAAAAGGAAUUAAACAAAAAGCCAUUGAAACUAAGGAUGUACAAUGAUCAAAUUAUGCAAACAGAAAGAGCUUUCUUAAUUCAACAAGGGUUACCAUCCAAACCAUUUUCAAAAAAUAUUGUCUUUACUCAAAGUAAUUCUGAGCCCAGCAAUGAGAAGUCUUUCUUCCCUGGCAUAUCUACAACAAUGUACAAUAUAAAGAAUGGAAAAAGUCAGUGGAAUCAAUUAAAGCAUCAGAUUUAUCUGGCUACAUUGUGUUUGCAGUCCGCUGCAACUCAAUUGUCUUUACCUGGAACAUGUAACUAAUAAAUUUGCAGUAUCUAACAGCUAUUUACUCAAAUUUUGUUUCUGCUAGCAUUAUUAGAUCUGUGUAAAGUAAAAUUGAACAAUCAUUAACAUGAAGAAUAAAUAAAAUCCUUCAAUAUUUUUGUGUGUGUGCUUAUAGAUUGAUGCCCAGAAAAGAUUAUAAACAUUAAAUAAAAUACUAAGGAGUGGAAAAAGUUUUAGGGCAGAAUAUUAAAUAAAAAAUAUUUGUAGUUAUAAUAUUUAGAUUAUUAAAUCAAAACAGAAUACAGAAACAUUAGAACUAAAACAUUUUCCAAGCCAAACUGCUAGAUUUAAAAUUGUUUCUCUAUGUGCAAGGAAUAACAGAAAAAUAUUUCUUUCCUAAUGACAUUUCAUGACUUUGUGCAUGGACAACCUGAGCAUGUUGGAAAAACUAAAGAAAUAGCUAAUUUCUUUUAAUUUACAGAUGUUCCAUUCAAAGGAAAAGAUAAUUGUGUCCUACACAUAUAUUUCUAACUAAUAUGAUACCUUUUUGAAAUUAAUUUUGUUACAACUAUGCCACUUGCAUCGCCAUCCAAAUAGUGCAGUAGGUGCGCACUGUUAAGGGACUAGAUUGAGAAGAAAUGUUGACAUUAAAGAAGGGAACGAAUAUGACAUAUGAAAAAGCUAUGCUCAUGGCAGACAUUGUUAUUAUGUGUUUGUGAUGUUCUGUGAAUAAACAUCUGUAUUCGUUGAACUGCCUCUCUUCAAUUUAUUACAAUAUACAACUUGAUUAAAAGUAGCUAUUUAGCUUGUGCUAAUAAUAAGUUUAAUAAAUAAGCUUUGUAAAGUAUACCAGUUUAGAAAGUUAAUACCCUUGGUAGUUAAUUUUAUGGCCAACUAGAUCAUGUAACUUUUUCCUUGUCAUGUAGUACAAUUCCAUCCUGCUCUCGAGUAAACUUGCAAUGAAAAUCCAGAUCUUCAGAGGGAUAUAAAUCUGGCCUCUAUGCUCCCAGGCUACACUACCUUGUCCAUUACUGUUGUAUAUUACAUUUACAACAAAGGAUAUAUUUUUCAAAAUGUUUAUUGCUCAAAUGUAUAGGCAGCUACAAAACAUUUCAGAGAAACUGCACAUUUUUGUUGACAUUUCAUUUUCUUUGUUGACAUUUCAUAAUUAGUUCAGUGAGCUACAGGGAACUCAUCAGAUUUAACCUGAAGUUUUAUUGGAAAUUAGAGAGUAGGAUAAUCAAAUACUUUUGAGCUUUACCUCAUGACAAAAUGUUUUUAGCUUUUUUUUGUAACCUUAUAAGCAUGAAGAGCUUGUAAAAAUGAAAUACAUGAAUAUAUAUAUAAUAUAUAUAUUUAAUCCUGUGAACUUCCAUGGAACCAAAGGUCGCAACCACAACCACACCUUUCCUCCACCAAACUUGGUGAUAUAUAUAUAUAUAUAUAAAUUAGUUUAAACAAAAGGUGAGUCCUUGUCAGAUUUUAUAACUUUAUGUAUCUCUGCAUUUUUGUGUACAGUAUUUACAAAUGUAAUUCUAUUUUUUAAUCCUAACUAGAAAAGCUGACUAGUGUUUCACAAAUAGAUGACCAGAAGAAAUUUGUAUGUGAAUAUUGUAACCAUUGGAAAUGUACAUAAUGAUUGUUUUUUCUUAGUGUUUUUUUUUUAACCUUUUUUUUUUAAUAAAUACUUUUCAAAAAAAUUUAACUGAAAACAUUCCAUAAUCUAAAAUUUAGUUUUUUAAAUUCAUUUUGUAUAAAUCAUUUGAUCCAAAGUUAUGCAAUGUGAUAAAAUUGUAUUUGGGUUUUUUUCCCUCUUAUAUUUUGAAAUGCAUUUGAAUCAAUUAAAUGUUUUAAUUAUUAAGUGAUUAUGUUAUUGCUGUAUAUAUACAUAAAUUAGACUAUGUUUAGAUUUCAAUAUUAUUUAUAUACAUAUAUUUUUUAUGUACAACAUUAUUCCUGCUGGUAAAAAACAAAAACAUA